AUGGACGACAGCGACGCAACCCCACAUUAUUGUCUGAGUCCGCCGCCGAGGCCCAUUGCGCUUCGACCCGAGAGCAUAUCACGUUCUGAAAUACUUGUCACUGUGAAGAAUCGGCCCGAACCGUGGCAUUCGUUGGAUUACAGUGUGGAAUAUGAGGGUCAGACGAUCUUUUCGGUCCAGGGGUAUCCGUGGAGUAUUGGGCAACGACGGGUUUUCUAUGAUCGGUCUGGAUUGCCGCUUUUUGAGCUGCGGGGGCGGUGGUAUAACUCUUCGUGUUUGGAGUUGAGGCUACCGGGCGAAAUGGGACAUGUUAUAUUGUCUGCGAAGUUGAGGGUCGCGGUUCGAGCGCCGAAGGCGGUGGUCAGGUUCCGGAAUGCUGCCGUGUCUGAGCAGCGGAGAUCGAGGGAUGCUAGGAAAGGGAAGGCGAAGGGGAAUGUCGACGGCGAUGACGAUAAUAACGUUUGUCUACCUGGUUCCGAUGAGUUGAUGCUCGAAGUCCGUGAUGAAGAUCCGUAUCAUCAUACCCAGGUCCUGGUGCUUGGGGACCGAAUCGUGGCGCAUAUUCGUCUAGUGACGAACCCAGCCGAGCUUUCUGAAGGACCACAACCUCUAUCUCGAUGUCGGCCGAAGUGGGAAGUGAGAGUUGCACCGGGGGUGGAUGUGGCGCUGAUAGCGGUCGUGGUUGUUAUAUUAGGGCAACGGGUUACGGCGGAUGAGUAUGACGGUCGUGGAUCAGGGGACAUAUAA